GGUGCUUUCCCUACACUGUUUGAGUGGAACCGUUACCAAGUGCAGCCGCCGAGGUCGAGUGUUUGGGAACGGCGAGAGAGACCGCUGCCCCCUGAUCCUGACUCGGACGUAGAGCAAGAUAUGGAUAUUGACGUGGAGAGGACUGGACACGAUUAUUGUUCAGUUCCCGAAGCUGCAGCUGUGGACAUGGUAUUACAUGAAAAUGAGGAGUUGACGAGGGAGAUAGAAGAUCUACGGAAGCAGUUGGACCAGACCAAGAUCAUACUUCGCUUCGGUCUCCAGAGAUUUGCUGGGUCCGAUGAGGACAUACGCUUUUAUACAAGAUUUGCAACCUAUAACCACCUGAUGGCCUUCUGGGAACUGAUUGAACCGGCAACGCACAGAAUGAUUCGUGUCACCAACUCCAAAGUCACCAAGGAGGGUGGAAACACUCGGGCACUUCCUGCAAUAGACGAGUUCUUCCUGUUCAUGAUGCAUCUUGCUUUGGGCCUCAAGCAAAAGGACCUUGGUCAUCGCUUCCAUGUACAUCAGGCCACUGUGAGUCGCAUCAUAACAACCUGGGCCAACUUCCUGUACUUUGUCCUGGGGUCAGUGUGCAUUUGGAUGCCGAAAGAGAGAGUACGAGCCCAUUUGCCAGAGGAAUUUCAUCUUUUCCGAGACACACAGGUUAUCCUGGAUUGUACUGAGAUCCGCUGCCAAACACCUUCCUCUUUGCUAUUACAAAGGUCUAUAAGUGACAGGGAGUUGUUCAAACAGUCAGGGAUCAUUAACCUUCUUACCCCUGACAUGGCCAUCAUGGUGGAUAAGGGAUUCUUAAUUGACAGCCUAGUGCCAUGCAAAAUUCACCGGCCUGUUUUCCUGACCAAGGGAAAACAAAUGCUACCUCAUGAAGUGACACACACUCAGUCUGUGGCCAGGCUCAGGCAUAAACCAACUGUUUACAGUGGCAUGUUUGCUUGUGAACUACCAAUGUGGACCACUUGUCAAGGCAUGGAGCCACUGAGUCUAAAAACCCUCAUCCUUGUUAAUGUGCUAAGGUAA